CUAGAGGCUGCUGACUGUGAGACAGCGGAGUUCGGCAGCUGGCUGAUCUGCGUCGCUGAAAACAACUGCGAGAGUACAAUGACGCACCUGAAUUUACACUUGCGCGACUUUUGGACGGUCGACUCGACAUCUUUUGAGUGAGUCACAUUGGAAUGAACAAUCACUGCUGUCAACUUGGAUAGUUGCCUGCCUGUCCGUCCCAAUGAGAAUUCAGUACUUCGGCAGUGAAAAAUGCCGUGUCUGUCCACAGAGAGCUGGACUGAGGUGCAGGUGGGCUGUCGUAUGAAAUAGGAGAAGGACUUGGUGGCCACACACAUCCAAUUCAGUUGUUACACACACACUGUCGCUCGGAGUGGCGAGACGCAGAUGUGCACCCCACGGACACCCAACUCGGCACUCAACUUUUUCUCUGUGCGUGGAUCUAUUGAACAUAUCUUUUCUCUUCAAUGAGCAUGUUAACAAACGGAGGAUAGAUGUUAUUUCGUGGGCUAAUAUAUUUUUCCAAAUAGCCUCAGAGGACCAGGGUUGGAAUAAGUAUACCCAAUUGUGUUUGAGACACCUGCGUUGAUUAGCUUCGCUUGGGAUUUCUCUAAUAUGGAUUAUGUGCGUAAUGUGGCUCAAAUAGCAGAGAAUGGAUAUUGUUUUUGUCGGUAAGGAUUUAAAUCGCCCAGUAGAGGUUUGAGGAGAGGGGCAGCCGCAGCCUGACGAUGCCGGACGCGUCUCGGGACGUGCCGGUGCAUUCCUCUCCAGCAGUGGCAGCGAACGCGGAGGGAGACGAGAUAGAAGUGCUGGAGAGUAUCGAUGUCCUUCCCGUGGCCCCAGAGGACCAAUGGAAAUCUCUGUUCGACAAGUUCGACUCAGAGAGUUCAGGCUUCAUCAGUACAGAGCGGUUCAGAGACCUGCUGGUGGCCCACGGCUCGGAGCUGGACCCUCACAAGCUGGAGGUUCUAUUGGCCCUCGCCGACGGCAACGCGGACGGAAAGAUCUGCUACCAGGACUUUGUCAACCUGAUGUCCAACAAGCGCAGCAACAGCUUCCGGCGGGCCAUCCUCCAGGGGGGUCGUCAGUUGAAGGGGGCCGGGGCCCUGGGGGAGGAGGUGGGUCUGGGUCUGUCCCAGAGGCUGGUGAGGCACAUCGCCUAUGAGACCCUGCCCCGGGAGAUCGACAGGAAGUGGUACUUCGACAGCUACACCUGCUGUCCACCACCCUGGCUCAUCCUGGCGAUCACCAUCGCUGAGGUGGCAGUGUUCAUGUACUAUGGCCUGCAGUUGGACCGCUGGGUGCUGCAGGUGUCCAGUCCCCACUUCCUGAGGGGCCCACUGCCCUACCACCCCCAGCUACGGAUUCAGGCCUGGAGAUACCUCAGCUAUGCCUUCAUGCACGCAGGGAUAGAACACCUGGGUCUGAACAUGGCCAUGCAGCUGCUGGUGGGAGUCCCUCUUGAGAUGGUCCAUGGAGCGCUGAGGAUAGGACUGGUCUACGUGUGUGGCGUACUGGCAGGCUCCCUGGCCGUGUCUGUCACUGAUAUGACUGCUCCGGUGGUGGGGUCGUCUGGAGGAGUCUACGCCCUGGUCUCAGCACACCUGGCCAACGUCGUCAUGAACUGGUCGGGUAUGAAAUGUCAGUUUAAGCUGUUCCGGAUGGCCAUGGCUCUGGUCUGCAUGAGUGUGGAGUUCGGCCGUGCCGUGUGGCUGCGGUUCUACCCGCCGGCCUUCCCGCCCUGCCCCAACCCCAGCUUUGUGGCCCACCUGGGGGGUGUGAUGGUGGGGCUCACCCUGGGGGUUGUAGUCCUCCAGAACUACGAGCAGCGUCUCCAAGAGCAGUCUCUAUUCUGGAUCUUCUUCUCCGUCUACUUCCUCUUUGUCCUCUGUGCUGUCUUCUGGAACGUCUUCGCCUACAGCCUGCUGGACGUCCGGCUCCCCCCCACGCCGUGACCUCCGCCCCACCCCGUGACCUCCCCCAGCCUGUGAGGGCAAACUGAGUGGGCCAACUACGUACCUCAGAUCCAAUGGAACAUAACUAUCUAGGUCCAAUACUUCAGAAUUUGUAUCUUCAUUUUAGAGUACCGUAUGGAACAGACUAUGGCAGCAUCUCCUCCUAAACCCAAUGGUGCCUAUAGCUGUAAGAAAGAGGUUAUUAUGACAGCUAGCUUCAAUGAAGGACAAUUUCAUAGGGUUGGAGAUUGUUAUGAUACACAUGUCUUCGAUCUGUCAUACUAUAGUACUGUUAUCUGUAAGUCUGGACUGAAGCAAUGAAAUGUUCCACUGUUGACAUGUUACACUGUACUGAGUACAUCUGACGUGAUAUGGUUUUGUUCCAACUUCCUGAUCUUUCUUUGGUUACCUGACUGUUUAUACAUUCAACGAUGCUACAUCGUUGCCUUUCACAAUAUGUCUGGCAAGACAAAUGGCUAAAGCAGAAAGAGAUCGGUACUCAAGCUAGAUAUUUGCAGGGAGAAUUGGCUUACGUUUUUGUUGUUGCCUUUGGUGUGUGUGUGCCGUUUGCAGGAAUGGACAGUAUUGGAGGAAUGCACAGUAUCAUCCGGGUUACACUGACUUACAUUAUUUUGUCAUGUGCAAAUGGAAAUGGAGGUUGAAACAAAGAUAUAUGUGAUGUUCAAGCCCUCUGUGUUCCUGACUGUUGCCAAAACUGUCCCUUAACCAAUAGCAUACAAAAGACAGAGCACUACAGAGAACAUGUACUGUUUUAUUAAUAGGGGAAUAUGUUGCCUUCUGCGAUGAGUACUGGUUGAGUUGAACAUCAGCAUUCUCCCUCUAGCACAGACUUAUUGAUAGGUAUUCAAUAUUUAACUCCGUUACAGACUGUGGAAAUGGUGCUACAUGUGAAUAGGUUCCUCUCUCCAGAGUUAGCCUUCAGUUAGUAUUGUACUGUCAAUGCACUUAAGGAGAAAGCGAAGUCAUGUUGUAUUGGAUGCUGUGUUUGCUUCAACAGGAGAACACGUCGCAUCUCAACCAGCCAAGGCUCAAAUUAGCCUGGUCCCAGAUCUGUUUGUGCUCUUACCAACUCCAUUGCUGUCAUUGUCAAGCCACAGAUGUUUGGCAUGACAAUGAGUGACAUGGAGUUGACAUGGUACCAGGAACAGACUGGUACCAAGGCUAGCUCAAGCGUGUUCUUUAAAUUAACCUCACAUUAUGCUGCUUCACACUAAAUAAAUAAUAAGAAAGACUAAUUAUUAACAAAUUAAUAUUUUAACAUACAAUAGCCGGUUGUUGAUUCUUGAAUUGGUCUACAAUGUGAUGUGUAAAUUAUCCUGUGUAUUUAACAUUUGUUGAUUGUAUAUUAUAAGGUCUGAUACGGAACAUAGUGGUAACUGACAAUAUUUUAACAAGUGCAUAUUUUGUAGAUUUGAUAUGUGAAUACUGGAAUAAAAUCAACUGUUUUUAUAAUGAAA